AUGCAACGCCUUCAAGAUCUCCCGGUCGAAGUCAUUCUACUCAUCUACCACUCUCUCGACGACGUCGACGAUGCCUUACACCUCGCCAGAACCUGCAAGAAGCUCAAUUUGAUCUUUGAUAGUACUGCAGCACGGGUCGAGAUUUUCCGUUCGAUCAUUAGCAAUGCCCCUCACCAUAAGUACGAUGUUCAAUUAACCUGUCUGCAGAACCUCGGAGUGACCUACGUGUCAGUAAUGUAUCCCACUCGUGGUUCUUCCAAUGUUCCGGACGAUGCUCCACGGCCCACCGCAUGCGAACUUGAGCCGAUACUCACAGCAGAAAGAUAUCCAGAGGAUUUAGCAGAGGAGGAGGUCUGGGGAAUCGGCGACGAGCCACUUCCCUCGCUAUUAGGCUCAGCGACAGAGGCACUCCAGACGUUGACAUCAAAGCAGAAGCAGGCAGCAUAUCGACGGUUCUAUAAGGCUUUGGUCACGCAUUGGGUCGCCAUUGAGCACCUGUCGAUUGCACGAGCGGUGGCAUACCCAACCGCCAAGGAACGAAACCUUCACAUGAAAUGGGUGCAUGAACUCUGGCGUAACAAUCGCGAUCGGCCUUUACAGGACAAGCUAGACAUUGUGGAAGUGGCUGACUUUGUAUGGGAAUUUCUCGCUCGAAAAGUCUUCGACACCACUCAUCUGGGUGUACCCUUCCACGAGUCUCGGCUGCGAAAGCUGUAUCUACGUCCUCCACAUCUGAUCGAGGCUCUUAUUCUGUCAGCGUGGCCAUAUCCGGAUUCAUUCAGUGACUCGUUCGGCAUUCUGGAAAGUCCGAGCUUUCACUACGACAAGACAGGCGUUAUUACCGGAAAGGAGGCUGAUCAGGGUGGGGCAGAUCAUACCAAUUUUAAUAGUGAUAUUGAUCUGGAGGAUGACGUGGGAAACUCCUUGGUCCGCUUGCAAGACGAGGAUAUGAGUGCAACGAAUGAAUUGCGAUCCCAGCGGAAACUUGACUAUCGGUUGGGAUGGUCGUCCUACCGAAGAAGGCAGUGGAAGACGGACGACAGAGGCAAGGUCUUGUUCCGCACGGACACUGAUGAACUACUGACGGAGCGAAUUGCGGGGAAACCUAGUCACGGUGGCCUUGCAACAAGUGCUGUCAAGACUCGAUAA